AUGGCCAAACGUAACCCAUCUUCGCAUCAUACCACUCCCUACUGUCAAAUGCGUCUCUUGUAGUCACAUUAGCUCAUCAAAAUGUGUUUUUUGUCAUCACCGGUUGGAAAGACAUGUCUGAAACCAACGUGAAUUAAAUAAGUCACCACCAAUCCUUUGGGAUCAACGACUCAGGAUUGCUUGUCGGUUUAUUUCUCACGUGUUCGCAGCCUGCCAACGUGGUGACGGUCCAGCUAUGGCACAGCAGGAUGCGCCUGCCAAUAAGGCUGCUGCCCCGAACCUUGCUGCGCUGCACUCCAACUUCAUCAUCGGCUCUGUGUCGGAGGAGAACUCUGAGGAUGAGAUCCUGGGAAAGCCAGACCUGACACUGGGACUGGAGGAGAAGGAGCGCUCCAUAUCCCCCACUUCUAGCCUCAGCUCAGAGAACAGCACCUAUGAGAUGGGCUUCGACCACAUCGACGGCCCCCAGAUGAGUAAUUUCAGUUGUUCACACAGACCGAGCAUGUCUGGGCUGCACCUGGUCAAGCAGGGCCGAGACCGGCGUCGCAUCGACCUGCAGAGAGAUUUCACCGUGGCCUCCCCCGCUGAGUUUGUUACCCGCUUUGGUGGGAAUAAGGUCAUCGAGAAGGUCCUCAUUGCCAACAACGGCAUCGCAGCGGUCAAAUGCAUGCGCUCCAUCCGCCGCUGGGCUUACGAGAUGUUUCGCAACGAGCGCGCCAUCCGCUUUGUCGUCAUGGUAACCCCUGAGGACCUGAAGGCCAACGCAGAGUACAUAAAGAUGGCCGACCACUAUGUGCCUGUGCCAGGAGGGACCAAUAACAACAACUAUGCCAACGUGGAGCUCAUUCUGGACAUUGCCAAGCGUAUACCUGUGCAGGCUGUAUGGGCUGGGUGGGGUCACGCCUCAGAGAAUCCCAAACUGCCAGAGCUGCUCAUGAAGAAUGGCAUUGCCUUCAUGGGUCCUCCUAGCCAGGCCAUGUGGGCAUUAGGGGACAAGAUCGCUUCAUCCAUCGUGGCUCAGACAGCUGGCAUCCCAACCCUGCCCUGGAGUGGAGCAGGGCUAACAGUAGAGUGGUCAGAGAGUGACCAGAAGAAGAGGAUCAUCAACGUUCCCCCCGAUCUGUAUGAGCUGGGCUGCAUCCAUGAUGUGGAGGCAGGACUGAAGGCUGCGGAGGUGGUGGGCUACCCCGUGAUGGUGAAGGCCUCCGAGGGAGGUGGAGGAAAGGGCAUCCGCAAAGUCAACUGUGCUGAUGACUUCCCCAACCUCUUCAGACAGGUCCAGACAGAGGUUCCGGGCUCACCCAUCUUCGUGAUGCAGCUGGCCAAACAUGCUCGUCACCUGGAGGUCCAGCUCCUGGCCGACCAGUACGGCAACGCCAUCUCCCUGUUCGGCAGGGACUGCUCCGUACAGCGGCGACACCAGAAGAUCAUAGAGGAGGCGCCCGCCACCAUCUCCACCUCAGACGUGUUUGAGGACAUGGAGAGGUGUGCGGUGAAACUGGCUAAGAUGGUGGGCUACGUCAGUGCUGGCACAGUGGAGUAUCUCUACAGCCAAGAUGGCAGCUUCUACUUCCUAGAACUCAACCCUCGUCUGCAGGUGGAGCACCCCUGCACUGAGAUGGUGGCCGACGUCAACCUGCCUGCUGCACAGCUGCAGAUUUCCAUGGGGAUUCCCCUGCACCGUAUCAAGGACAUCAGAUUGAUGUAUGGUGUCCAGCCCUGGGGAGACUCUAUGAUUGACUUUGAGGGUCUGUCCACGGCCCCCUCCCCACGGGGACAUGUCAUCGCUGCCCGCAUCACCAGUGAGAACCCUGAUGAGGGUUUCAAGCCUAGCUCGGGCACAGUGCAGGAGCUGAACUUCCGCAGUAACAAGAAUGUGUGGGGAUACUUCAGUGUGGCCGCGGCCGGAGGCCUGCAUGAGUUUGCAGACUCCCAGUUUGGCCACUGCUUCUCCUGGGGAGAGAACCGAGAGGAGGCCAUCUCUAACAUGGUGGUGGCCCUGAAGGAGUUGUCGAUCAGAGGAGACUUCAGGACCACAGUGGAGUACCUUAUCAAGCUGCUGGAGACUGAGAGCUUCCAGCACAACACCAUCGACACAGGCUGGCUGGACAGGCUCAUCUCAGAGAAGAUGCAGGCAGAGCGUCCUGACACCAUGCUGGGCAUAGUGAGCGGGGCUCUCCACGUGGCUGACGUCAACCUGAGGAAUAGUGUCUCCAACUUCCUGCACUCUCUAGAAAGAGGCCAGGUGCUGCCCGCGCACACUCUUCUCAACACAGUUGAUGUGGAAUUGAUCUAUGAGGGUACUAAGUAUUGUCUGAAGGUGACCCGUCAGUCCCCCAACUCCUACGUGGUCAUCAUGAACAGCACCUCGGCCGAGGUGGACGUCCAUCGCCUCAGCGACGGGGGCCUGUUGCUCUCCUACGACGGCAGCAGCUACACCACCUACAUGAAGGAGGAGGUGGACCGGUACCGCAUCACCAUUGGGAACAAGACAUGUGUGUUUGAGAAGGAGAACGACCCGUCCCUGCUUCGCUCGCUCUCAGCAGGGAAACUCAUCCAGUACACCGUGGAGGACGGGGGGCACGUGUUCUCUGGCCAGUGUUACGCUGAGAUAGAGGUGAUGAAGAUGGUGAUGACUCUGACGGCGCUGGAGUCCGGCUGUAUCCACUAUGUGAAGAGGCCCGGUGCCGUGCUGGAGCCCGGCUGCGUCAUCGCCAAGCUGCAGUUAGAUGAUCCUAGCAGGGUCCAACAGGCAGAGUUGUACCACGGGGCGCUGCCCGUCAUCCAGGCGGUGGCGUUGAGAGGAGAGAAGCUCCACAGGGUCUUCCACAGCACCCUGGACCACCUUGUGCACGUCAUGAAUGGCUUCUGCCUGCCUGAACUCUUUUUCAGUGGGAAGCUGAAGGAAUGGGUGGAGACGCUGAUGAAGACUCUCCGGGACCCCUCUCUUCCUCUGUUGGAGCUGCAGGACAUUAUGACCAGUGUGUCAGGCCGGAUCCCCCUCGCUGUGGAGAAGUGCAUCAAGAAGGAGAUGGCCCAGUACGCCAGCAACAUUACCUCUGUGCUCUGCCAGUUCCCCAGCCAGCAGAUUGCCAACAUCCUGGACAGUCAUGCUGCCACUCUGAACAGGAAGUCAGAAAGAGAGGUGUUCUUCAUGAACACUCAGAGCAUCGUACAGCUGGUGCAGAGGUACCGCAGUGGCAUCCGUGGUCACAUGAAGGCCGUGGUGAUGGACCUGCUUAGGCAGUACCUCAAAGUAGAGGUCCAGUUCCAGAAUGGACACUACGACAAGUGUGUGUUCACACUGCGUGAGGAGAACAAGGGCGACAUGGCCAACGUGUUAAACUACAUCUUCUCACAUGCCCAGGUCACCAAGAAGAACCUCCUGGUCACCAUGCUCAUUGACCAGCUGUGUGGUCGUGACCCCACCCUGACUGACGAGCUGAUGGCCAUUCUGACAGAGCUCACCCAGCUCAGCAAGACCACCAACGCCAAGGUGGCACUGCGUGCCCGCCAGGUGCUGAUCGCCUCCCACCUGCCCUCCUAUGAGCUCCGUCACAACCAGGUGGAGUCCAUCUUCCUCUCUGCCAUCGACAUGUACGGGCACCAGUUCUGCAUCGAGAACCUGCAGAAACUGAUCCUGUCCGAGACGUCCAUCUUUGAUGUGCUGCCUAACUUCUUCUACCACAGUAACCAGGUGGUCAGGAUGGCUGCCCUGGAGGUGUACGUACGUAGAGCCUACAUCGCCUACGAGCUCAACAGCGUCCAGCACAGACAGCUGAAGGACAACACCUGCAUCGUAGAAUUCCAGUUCAUGCUGCCUACCUCCCACCCCAACAGAGGUAACAUCCCAACUCUAAACAGGAGACUGUCUUCCCAGCCCCUGCCCCGUCUUCGCACUCGGGACAUUAAGCCUGUGUCUGUGGACAGUAACAAACAGGACCCUAAAGCACAGGAUGAUAAAACAAAGGAUGAUGCUAAAACGGAGGAGAAUAAACCUCCAGAUACGGAUGACUCUGUGGACAGGAUGUCGUUCUCGUCCAACCUGAACCACUACGGCAUGGUCCACGUGGGCAGUGUGAGUGACGUCCUCCUGGACACCUCUUUCACCCCACCCUGCCAGCGCAUGGGAGCCAUGGUCUCAUUCCGCUCCUUCCAGGAGUUCACCAGGAACAUUAAAGACGUGAUGAGCUGCUUCUGUGACUCUCCUCCUCCCAGCCCCACCUUCCCAGAGGGAGGGAACCCAGUGCUCUAUGGAGAGGAGGACACCAAGAGUAUCCAAGACGAGCCCAUUCACAUCCUCAACGUGGCCAUCAAGACUGACAGUGACAUCGAUGAUGACGGCCUGGCCGCCAUGUUCCGGGAGUUCACCCAGACAAAGAAAUCCCUGCUGUUUGAACACGGCAUCCGCAGGCUGACCUUCCUGGUAGCUCAGAAGGAUUUCAGGAAGGCAGUCAACUGUGAGGUGGACCAGAGGUUUCAUAGAGAGUUCCCCAAGUUCUUCACCUUCCGGUCCAGAGACAAGACUAGAGUUACAGCGGAAGGGCUAAGCAAGUGUCAGUUUCACAUCAUGGCAACAAUAGAGUUUGAGGAGGACAGGAUCUACCGUCACUUGGAGCCGGCGCUGGCCUUCCAGCUGGAGCUGAACCGCAUGCGUAACUUUGCCCUGACCGCCAUCCCCUGUGCCAACCACAAGAUGCACCUGUACCUGGGCGCUGCCCGCGUGGAGGUGGGAACAGAGGUCACCGACUACCGCUUCUUUGUCCGGGCCAUCAUCCGUCACUCAGACCUGGUCACCAAGGAGGCGUCUUUUGAGUACCUCCACAACGAGGCAGAGCGUCUGCUGCUGGAGGCCAUGGACGAGCUGGAGGUGGCCUUCAACAACACCACCGUACGCACCGACUGCAACCACAUCUUCCUCAACUUUGUCCCCACUGUCAUCAUGGACCCCUCCAAGAUCGAGGAGUCGGUGCGCUCCAUGGUGAUGCGUUACGGCAGUAGGCUGUGGAAGCUCCGGGUGCUCCAGGCUGAGCUGAAGAUCAACAUCCGGCUGACGCCCACGGGCAAACAGAUCCCCAUCCGCCUGUUCCUCACCAACGAGUCAGGCUACUACCUGGACAUCAGCCUGUACAAGGAGGUCACCGACUCCCGUACGGGACAGUUGGGGCCUAAAGACCGACAGAUCAUGUUCCAGGCGUAUGGGGACAAGCAGGGCCCUCUGCAUGGCAUGCUCAUCAACACCCCCUACGUGACCAAGGACCUGCUGCAGUCCAAACGCUUUCAGGCGCAGUCCCUGGGCACUACUUACGUCUACGACUUCCCUGAGAUGGUCAGACAGGCUCUAAAGAAGCUGUGGCAGUCCACUCAAACCUUCGCCCACCUGCCCAAAUGCCCUCUGCCCUCCGAGCUGCUCACCUUCACAGAGCUGGUCCUGGACCCACAGGGACAGCUGGUGCAGAUGAACCGUCUACCAGGAGGGAACGAGAUUGGCAUGGUGGCCUGGCGGAUGACGCUCAGGACCCCAGAGUACCCGGCAGGGCGUGAGAUCAUUGUGAUCACUAAUGACAUCACACAUAAGAUUGGUUCGUUUGGGCCGCAGGAGGACCUGCUGUUCCUGCAGGCCUCGGAGAUGUCCAGGGAGAGUGGCAUCCCUCGUAUCUACAUCUCUGCCAACAGUGGUGCCCGCAUCGGCCUGGCAGAGGAGAUCAGACACAUGUUCCAUGUGGCCUGGCAGGACAUGGCAGACCCCUACAAGGGCUUCAAGUACUUGUACUUGACCCCUCAGGACUACAAGAAAGUGUCUGCCCUGAAUUCUGUUUACUGUGAACACAUAGAGGACAAGGGAGAGUCCAGGUACAAGAUCACUGACAUCAUCGGGAAAGAUGACGGUCUGGGGGUGGAGAACCUGAAGGGCUCCGGGAUGAUCGCUGGAGAGUCCUCUCUGGCCUACGACGAGGUCAUCACCAUGAACCUGGUGACGUGCAGAGCCAUCGGCAUCGGAGCCUACCUGGUCAGGCUGGGUCAGAGAACCAUUCAGGUGGAGAACUCCCACAUCAUUCUCACUGGUGCUGGAGCUCUCAACAAGGUGCUGGGUAGAGAGGUGUACACCUCCAACAACCAGCUGGGUGGGAUUCAGAUCAUGCACAACAACGGUGUGACCCACAGCACUGUGUGUGAUGACUUUGAGGGAGUCCACAUGCUGCUACACUGGCUCUCCUACAUGCCCAAGGACCGAUCUAGUCCCGUGCCCAUCAUCAAUGCCAAGGACCCCAUAGACCGGCUGGUGGAGUUUAUGCCCACAAAGGCCCCCUAUGACCCCCGCUGGAUGCUGGCAGGACGCCCCAGCCAGACUCCAAAGGGCCCGUGGCAGAGUGGGUUCUUUGACCAUGGCUCGUUCUCAGAGAUCAUGCAGCCGUGGGCUCAAAGUGUGGUGGUGGGCAGAGCCAGGCUUGGUGGCAUACCUACUGGAGUGGUUGCUGUGGAAACCAGAUCAGUGGAGCUGUCAAUCCCAGCCGAUCCAGCAAACCUGGACUCUGACGCCAAGAUCAUCCAGCAGGCAGGCCAGGUGUGGUUCCCUGACUCUGCGUUUAAGACGGCACAGGCCAUCAAGGACCUGAACCGCGAGGGCCUCCCUCUCAUGGUGUUCGCCAACUGGAGGGGCUUCUCUGGAGGCAUGAAAGAUAUGUAUGACCAGGUGCUGAAGUUUGGAGCCUACAUCGUGGAUGGGCUGAGAGAGUACCGCCAGCCUGUUCUGGUAUACAUCCCUCCCCAGGCAGAACUGAGAGGGGGGUCCUGGGUGGUCAUAGACCCCACCAUCAACCCCCGCCACAUGGAGAUGUAUGCUGACAAGGACAGUCGUGGUGGAGUGUUGGAGCCAGAGGGGACGGUGGAGAUCAAGUUCAGGAAGAAGGACCUGGUGAAGACCAUGAGGAGGGUGGACCCGGUCUACAUGGGCCUGGCAGAGAGACUGGGUACCCCAGAGCUGGGCCUGCCAGAGAGGAAGGAGCUGGAGACCAAACUGAAGGAGCGGGAGGAGUUCCUGUUACCCAUCUACCACCAGGUGGCCGUGCAGUUCGCCGACCUCCACGACACCCCGGGACGCAUGCAGGAGAAGGGCGUCAUUACGGAUAUCCUGGAGUGGCGGACGUCACGUCACUUCUUCUACUGGCGUCUGAGGCGUCUGCUGCUGGAGGACACGGUCAAGAGGAAGAUCCAGGUGGCCAACAGCGAGCUGACCAAUGGACAGAUCCAGGCCAUGCUGAGACGCUGGUUCGUAGAGGCUGAGGGGACCGUCAAGGCUUAUCUGUGGGACAGCAAUGAGGAGGUAGUGGAGUGGCUGGAGAAGCAGCUGAAGGAGGAGGAGGGAGCCAGGUCUGUCAUCGACGAGAACAUCAAGUACAUCCGCAGGGACCACAUCCUUAAGCAGAUCCGCAGCCUGGUCCAAGCAAACCCUGAGGUUGCCAUGGAUUCCAUUGUGCACAUGACGCAGCACAUCUCCCCUACACAGCGUGCUGAGGUGGUCCGCAUCCUGUCCACCAUGGAUGCCGCCCCGGCCGCCACCUAGAGCGCCUCCUCUCCCCAGCCUGGCCCCGCUGUCUCAGGUGCAGUGGAACUGUGCCAGAAGCUGGGGCUGGAGGAGCCAACAUGGCAGCCCACGGAGGCUGUGCUGUUACAGAUGAAAAUGAUCCUGGAGGGUGGGGGGAGAGCUGAGACACAGGGUAAUGGAUUUAUUUAUUACAUCUGAUAUCCAGGGUAAUGCAUUUAUACGUCUUACAGAAUGUGUUAAUUGUGAUAUCUAUGUAAGUUCAAAAAUGAUAGACAAAGCCAAGACCAGAAACUAUAUAACUAGCAUGAAUGACGACAAGCUUGGGGACCACACAAUUGGCCAAGGUGGAAGCAGCUCUUCAUUUGCUAUCAUAAUGAGCCUCUGUCCUAUUGGACAGGAAAACAUGCAUUGAGUUUGAGUGUUUUGAUGGCGAUCUUGACAAUAAAACUGCAGCAGAUUGCUGGGAGGGUUCACGAGGGUGGAGGGUUUGCACACCUUUGCACGGCGCACUUAAUUACUGAUUAAACCCAGGGUAGGAGGUGGAGCGUGGCAUUGUGAUGGGGAUAGCGUGUCGUUCUGCCCUGGGCCUGGAGAGAAGAGCCCAGCAGGAGGCAAGAAGAGGGCCCUAUUCAGACCCAACCACCCCACACUGGCCUUGGGGUGAGCCAUUGGGCAGGCAGGCACACACUGAUGCGGGUAGAAUAGCAGCUGUCACCACCUCUGAAUGCACCUUACUGUUCUAUAGUAUACUAAGACUGACACAAAAGCAAACACUAAUGGUAAUUGGUGCAGAAUUCCAUUUUUCCCAGCAAUUAUUGUGUAAGAAAAUAUGUAAAACAUUUUAGGUGACUAAUUUAUUAAAUGGCAAUCAUGUUAAAGAGAACUGAGUAGUGUACACUAGAAUUAUACAUUCAGUAUUACAAAAGGUGUGAUUUUAAAAUGUUCUGUAAAUUGUAGUUCUUUAUUUUGAGACGUAUUUUCCAAGGAGAAAAUGGGUCGUCACUAGUUAGCACAGCCAAAAAGUCAUUAUGGCUAAAACCAUGCCUAUUUCUACAAGUUUUAACCACAUGCCUAACCUUAAAGACCAAAAAGCUAUGAUAUAGCCAUUGUGACUUUAUGGCUGUGGUAACUAGUGACACAGAAAAUGAUAGUAUUGUGUAAACUUGGUUAUGCUCAUUGAGGAACAGUGAUGGAUCCUGGAUACUGUAGUUUCUUUAUGGCAAAGUGAUGGUGGCCUAGCUGCUGGAGAGCCUCAAAUUUAACAUAAUAUUUGAUUCAAUGUCAGGUAAAAAUUGUAUUUUGCCUAGAUGAAAGAGGCAAGAAUUGGCAAUGUAGGAUGACUUCAUGCACAGUGCUAGUCUUAAGUUAUGUCUAUUGCUGGUAGUCCUGUUACUAAUGAGGUGAUUGGCUGAAUGAGAAAGGUUAAUGUGUUUACUGUAGGGAACCCGAAUUACCUCAGUUCAAAUUUAAUAAAAUACAACUUACCUGGUUUGUCA